GUUGUGGGUUUAGAAAUUGCAUCCCCAAUCAAAUGUCCAGGCCUAUGUUUCCUCAUCCAAUUACUGUACACGAUCAGUCUUUCUCUCAAACGUCCAAUCACCGCAGGUGGCCAAUCUUUCGAAAUCAUCGCGCUACCUUUACGUCAUUUGUUGACAACGUUGAAUGUACAUUCCAUCAGUUUCAUCCGCCAGCUCAGCGAUUAAGAAUAUAAAACAGGGGAGCUCAUUGGAGUCCAAUACCUGUUGAGGCAGAGUCAACAGCCCCUGGAGGACAUGACCCCUGGCUCAGACAGGACAUCAGAGUUGCUGGAGGACAUGGAGGAACAAGAGGAAGAUGACGAAGGCUUUAUUGAUACCUUGGGAGAGGAGGCCAUUGUUGAAAAUCUAGUGGCACCAGAUGAUGAGCUGCCCUCUACCCAGCCGCCCUCUACCCAGCCACCCUCUACCCAGCUGCCCUCUGCCGUGCUGCCCUCUACCCAGCUGCCCUCUGCCGUGCUGCCCUCUACCCAGCUGCCCUCUACCCAGCCGCCCUCUACCCAGCUGCCCUCUGCCGUGCUGCCCUCUACCCAGCCGCCCUCUACCCAGCUGCCCUCUGCCGUGCUGCCCUCUGCCGUGCUGCCCUCUACCCAGCCGCCCUCUACCCAGCCUCCCUCUGCCGUGCUGCCCUCUGCCGUGCUGCCCUCUACCCAGCCGCCCUCUACCCAGCUGCCCUCUGCCGUGCCGCCCUCUACCCAGCCGCCCUCUACCCAGCUGCCCUCUACCCAGCCGCCCUCUACCGUGCUGCCCUCUGCCGUGCUGCCCUCUACCCAGCCGCCCUCUACCCAGCUGCCCUCUACCCAGCUGCCCUCUACCCAGCCGCCCUCUACCGUGCUGCCCUCUACCCAGCCGCCCUCUACCCAGCUGCCCUCUGUCGUGCCGCCCUCUACCCAGCCGCCCUCUACCCAGCUGCCCUCUACCCAGCCGCCCUCUGCCGUGCUGCCCUCUACCCAGCUGCCCUCUACCCAGCCGCCCUCUGCCAUGCUGCCCACUCACCUGCCCGCUCACCUGCUGUCGCCUGCUCUGUCUGUGCCCAGUGCUGUGCCGUCCUCUGCAGCCAGUGCCCAGUCUCAGUCCGCUGCACUGUCCACUCACCUGCCCCCUCACCUGCUGUCGCCUGCUCCGUCUGUGCCCAGUGCUGUGCCCUCCUCUGCAGCCAGUGCCCAGUCUCAGUCCGCUGCGCGCCUGUCCCCUCACCUGCUGUCGCCUGCUCUGUCUGUGCCCAGUGCUGUGCCCUCCUCUGCAGCCAGUGCCCAGUCUCAGUCCGCUGCACACCUGCCCCCUCACCUGCUGUCGCCUGCUCUGUCUGUGCCCAGUGCUGUGCCCUCCUCUGCAGCCAGUGCCCAGUCUCAGUCCGCUGCACUCCUGCCCCCUCACCUGCUGUCGCCUGCUCUGUCUGUGCCCAGUGCCGCCGAUUUCGUUUGGCUGUGACGGAAAUCCUUCUGGUAACUUUUGUGAGGCUUGGUCCA